UAUUUGGGGUAUAUAUAGGCUCCGCGCACCACGUGACUUCCUUUCCCAGCAACGCUUAAAUCAUGGACGCCAGCCGCGUGCAGCCGAUCAAGCUCGCUAGAGUCACUAAGGUGCUCGGUAGAACCGGCUCUCAGGGCCAGUGCACCCAGGUGCGUGUCGAGUUCAUGGACGACAGCAACCGAUCCAUCAUCAGAAAUGUGAAGGGCCCUGUGAGAGAGGGUGAUGUUUUGACUCUUCUGGAGUCUGAAAGAGAAGCCAGAAGGCUUCGAUAGUGUGUGCUGGUUAAAUGCUUUGAAGGCACCUGUCGAAGUGAAGCAAGUCACCAGUGGCAGUUUUUUUUGAAAUGCUAAUUAAAAUAAAAUGCUAAAUUGUU